AUGUAUAUCGCGAAUAAAUAUACAUGUAUGGGGACUAUACUAUCAGUUUCCAGUAAAAGAACUUUUUUCAGCUUGCCACAAUGGUUGAGACCCAAAAAAAUUGUAUAUCCGGACCAAGAAAUUGGGAUCCAUCAAACCACCAAAAUAUAUCCCCAAGCGGUGAAAUAUGGCGACAGCGAUUUGCAUGAUUACUUGCUUGCCAGUGGCAAAAUUCCAAUAUUAUUGAAUUUCACUAUGAGAGGAGAUGAUUACUGUAACAAAAUUUCAAGACAAUUAUAUGAUUUAUUGAAUUAUGACAUUCAAAAGAAAGUGAAUUUGGUAGAUGUGGAAUGCGAUGAGCCAGGGAAUACGGACUUGAUGCUAACUUAUGGGGUCAAUGAAAUACCAACAAUAGUGGCCGUUCAUAAACAGUUAAUUGUUGAUAAAUACGAAAUUCAAAACCGGGAACCAGUGGAUAAAGAUCACUUGAAACAGUGGAUACAUUCUAUAGCAGUUGAUUAG